GACAUUUUUACUUAUUACAGUUGCAGAAUGCUGUGUAAACAAAUAUGGCGUUGAAUGUGUUUACCUCGUUUUACAGAGCAAGAAUUUAAAUAAUUAUAUUUAUUAAUCUUAAAAUUACUUUUGAUAAAAAAUGAGUAACAUAUACAUACAAGAACCACCAACGAGUGGAAAGGUUUUACUGAAAACAACGGUGGGAGACAUCGACCUAGAGCUGUGGUCCAAGGAAGCGCCGAAGGCCAGCAGGAACUUCGUCCAGCUCUGCUUGGAAGGCUACUACGAUGGCACGGUGUUCCACAGGGUGGUCAAGGGCUUCAUCGUCCAAGGCGGCGAUCCCACCGGAACAGGCACGGGAGGAGAAAGUGUCUACGGACAUCCGUUUAAGGAUGAAUUCCACUCUCGCUUGCGAUUCAACCGGAGGGGCCUCCUGGCCAUGGCGAACGCGGGGAAGAACGACAAUGGAUCCCAGUUUUUCUUCACGCUUGCCGCGACCCCAGAGCUGCAGAACAAGCAUACGAUCUUCGGGAAAGUCACGGGUGAAACCUUAUUUAACAUGCUGAAACUAGAAGACGCCUUAGUGGACAGGGAUGACAGACCUGUUUACCCUCAAAAGGUAAUUAAAACAGAAGUUUUGUUGAACCCGUUCCCUGACAUUGUCCCUAGAUGUGUUCCAAAAGAUGAGGAAGUCAAAGAAGAAAAGAAGAAGAAAAAAGACAAAAGCAGUGGCGUUAAGAACUUCAAGCUGCUGUCGUUCGGCGAGGAGGCGGAGGAGGACGAGGAGGAGACGAUCGAGGCGAACAAGAAGUACUCGGGCCGCAGCAAGUCCACGCACGACCUGCUGGACGACCCCAGCCUGAGCGCGGUGGCGGCCGUCGGCGGCCCCGAGGGCGGCGAGGACGGCCGCGACUCCGACCUCAGCGGUGACGAGGACUCCCGCGCGGCGCAGGGGAAAGAUGACGAAGAAAUGAAGCGGAUCAUGACAAAGCUGAAGAGGAAGUUGGAGGAACAGCCACCGGAAACCUCGCGAGGCAAGGAUGUCAAGGAUUCAGCAAGGGAUGAUGAAGAAGAAGAGGAAUAUGACUUUGGCAAGGAAAGACGGGACCAGAAAUCACGAGAAGCAGAGAACAUCAGGAAGGAAAUAAGAGACUUGAAACGUGGGAUGCAGAAUGCAAAAAAAAGGAAAGAGGUUGAAGAAGAAGAAAAUGAAAGAAAUGUGAAAGUAAAGGAAGAAAAUGAAGAUGUUGUCAAAGAGUACAAGGAGGAAAAAGAAAAGUACAAAGAAAAAAAAAGUCAGAUACCUAAAAAAGGUGUGUCUCGGGAGAGUUUGACUCUCGCUAUGCUCGCCAAGUUCCAGAAGAAACUAGCUACCGCUAAAGAGCAGGUACAGGAGAACUCUGACGACGAAGAAAAAAACCCGGAGCACCCAGUAGCCGAGGUCGAUGACGACGAUGAUGACAACAGUGAGAGCUGGUUGACUCACAAAUUAAGGUUUGAAGAGAAAGUCCCAGUUUUGGCCAAAGAUGCAAGCACAAAGAAUGACGAUUGGUUCGAAAUUUUCGAUCCCCGAAACCCAAUCAACAAGAGGAGAAGAGAAGCCAGCAAACAAGCGAUGAAGAGCAAAGAGAGGAAGUGAAGGACAGGAGGUUGCUGUUAGCACUUGUCAUUAGUUCUGGCUUCCAAUAAUGCUGACUUCAGCUUGUAAAUAUAUAAAUCAAACUUUCGUACAUUAUUUAUGUUUUAAAUCACCUAUAUAUUUUCAAGUUAGUCAGAAAAUAAAAAUUAUUAUUUCUAA